ACACAUAAAAGGCAAGAACAACAUGAUAGCUGACUACUUUUCAAGGGUGCCUUUGAAGUGCACAGAGGAAACUGAGGAUGAACAAGCGAGAAGAAUUAUUCUUCGAUAGAGGCAUACUCAUGUGGGGCCUCAGAAUAGUCAUCCCGGAAGUCUUAAGACAACAACUACUGCAAGAAUUGCACGUGGGACAUUUUGGCAUUGUAAAAAUGAAAAACAAGGCAAGAUCUUAUAUUUGGUGGCCAAACAUCGAUAAAGAUAUAGAAAAUAUGGCAAAGUCAUGCAUACCAUGUUUAAGCAACAAAGUAGCACCCCCAAAAGCGCAUUUAACACCAUGGCCUUUAGAAACAAAAGUAUGGAACAGGAUCCACAUCGACUUUUGUGGACCAAUAAGAAACAAGAUGUUCCUAAUUAUAAUUGACGCAUACUCCAAAUGGUUGGAGUGCAUAGAAAUGAAGACGAUGACGACAGAAGAAACGAUUGAGAAGAUGCGGGAAGUGGUGGCCAGAUAUGGUUUACCGAACGUUUUAGUUAGUGACAACGGCAGACAAUUGGUGAGCGAUAAGUUCGAAGAGUUUUUAAGGAGUAAUGGAAUACAACAUAUAACAUCCCCGCCCGGAAACAGCCAAAGUAAUGGCUUGGCAGAAAACGCAGUAAAAACAUUCAAGAAUAAAAUGAAGACGUUACUAGCAGAAGAAAAGAACAACAGUGUAUCUCUAUCAACUUUGGUAGCAACAUUUUUAAUGGACUAUAGAACGACGACACACCAGACGACGGGAGUGACACCAGCCUCACUGAUGUUCAACAGGGAAACAAGAAAUAAGCUGACGAUACUGUCGGAAGACGGGGAGUCAAAUGAACAAUUACAAAUAGUAGACAACAUGCAAAAAGCAGCAAGGCAGCAAGAGAAGAAUUACGGGGGCAGAUACAGGAAGUUUGACAGAGGCGACAAUGUUAUGGUAAGAGAUUAUCGUAAGGUUAAUGUUAAGAGUUGGGUCAAGGCUGUGAUACAUAGGAAAAUUGGCAAGUCAGUAUAUUUGUGUUGUUUGGAAAGCGGAGAAACGUGGAAGAGACAUGUGAACCAGAUAUGGAAACGCCAAAACAACGGAAGAAGAGACUGGGGUGAGAGAGAGUCAGGUGAUGCAGAAUCCAGGAAUGACAUAACUAAUGCAGUUAGUAAAAUUGCAUUAAAGCCACAAGAACCGACAUCGGCACCCACACCGAGCGUGGAGGUUAUAAAGAUCGCACCAACAUUGGUGAAUGUAAACAAUGGUACAGUAGCACGUAGCCAUGACUUGAGUAAUGCUGUGUUUGACACACUUGUUGUAAGUAAUAAUGUUUGUACACCAGGUAAUAACACAGUUGCAAACACAAAUGAGACUGUAAUAGCGGAUAGUAUAGGUGAUAAGGACAUAUCUCGCAUAGCAAAGGUUAGGUCAAAUAAUGUAAAUAUUUGUUGUAGGAAACGAGAGGACAAGGUAGACACAGAAGAUGCAGAGGGAACUGGUGACAAGGGGAAGAAAUUGAUAUCUAGACCGCAACGUGACAAAAGACUGCCACGCAGGUUGAGGGAUUACGUAAUGGAACUGGUUUGAUCAAUGCCACUACAAAGUUGGCAUUUUCAAAUCCUAUGUAGUAAUCAGUUAACGGCACAGGACCUUAAGCGGUUGCGCCAUUGCCACCAGGUCUCUAGCAUCGCAAGGUUUUGCUCUUAGUGGUUUGAAAUUGUAUAAAGUGUUGUUAAGAUUUAAAGGAUGUAAAAAGACGAAUGUUUAUUGCUAUUGGAUGUUACAGUAACAGGUGCACACCCGGUUAAGCGUUUGAAACUACAGAUGUUUGAACACUUAAGGAAGGAGGUGUGGUGUGUUGGCAACAAUGUAAAAACGUAGCUGCAUCAGCGGAAGUGGUCACGUGGCACCGGCAGCCAAGGACGAGGACUCGUCCUUG